AAGUGUCUUGUUAACAAAGGGACAGAAUGGUCCCAGGGUUCCUUCUUCUUCCUUUCAGUUAAGAGCUCAAGAGUGGAAGUGGGCUGGGGAUGGUGUCGGGGGCCCAAGCUCCUAGCUCCCAAAGGCCCCUGCCUCUAUGCCCUUUGAGUUCAGUCCAGAUGGGAGCUGGCUCCUUCAGAAAGGGGGCUCAGAACAGGGUGUGGGGAGCUACCUCUCUCUGCCUCCCCCCACCACAUCUGCCUGCAGGGCUGGGAGCCCCCACGAGCCAGUGGUCCUGAGCCUUCUGAAGUUAGGAUUCUGCCUGGUGGUGGGGAUCCUGACAUCAAGGAUGGGACACCCCGGAUGGAGGUUCCUGGGGCCUGGCCCCCAAGACUAUGAAGAGCCUUUGCUGAGGCCAUGAGGGGUUACCAUGGCGACCGAGGCAGCCAUCCCCGCCCAGCCCGCUUUGCUGACCAGCAGCAUAUGGACGUGGGCCCAGCUGCCAGGGCCCCAUACCUGUUGGGCUCCAGGGAGGCCUUCUCCACUGAGCCCCGCUUCUGUGCCCCGAGAGCUGGCCUGGGACACAUUUCUCCUGAAGGGCCCCUGAGCCUGAGUGAAGGGCCAUCGGUAGGCCCUGAGGGAGGGCCAGGGGGGGCUGGGGUUGGGGGGGGGAGCAGCACCUUCCCCAGGAUGUACCCUGGCCAAGGCCCCUUCGACACCUGUGAAGACUGUGUGGGCCACCCACAGGGCAAGGGUGCCCCCCGCCUGCCUCCCACACUCCUGGAUCAGUUUGAAAAGCAGUUGCCAGUUCAACAAGAUGGCUUCCACACGCUACCAUACCAGCGAGGGCCAGCAGGGGCGGGGCCCGGGCCAGCACCAGGGACUGGCACUGCCCCAGAGCCCCGCAGCGAGAGCCCUAGCCGCAUCCGGCACCUGGUUCACUCUGUGCAGAAGCUCUUUGCCAAGUCCCACUCUCUGGAGGCGCCAGGGAAGCGGGACUAUAACGGGCCCAAAGCUGAGGGAAGAGGUGGCUCUGGAGGAGACAGCUACCCUGGCCCGGGUUCCGGAGGCCCCCACACCUCCCACCACCACCAUCACCACCACCAUCAUCACCACCACCAGUCCCGGCACGGCAAGAGGAGCAAGAGCAAGGACCGCAAGGGGGAUGGGCGGCACCAGGCCAAGUCCACAGGCUGGUGGAGCUCCGAUGACAACUUGGACAGUGACAGCGGCUUCCUGGCGGGUGGGAGGCCCCCUGGGGAGCCUGGUGGUCCCUUCUGCCUGGAGGCUCCAGAUGGGUCCUACCGGGACUUGAGCUUCAAGGGGCGCUCGGGCGGGUCAGAAGGCCGCUGCCUUGCCUGCACUGGCAUGUCCAUGUCACUGGAUGGACAGUCGGUCAAGCGAAGUGCCUGGCAUACCAUGAUGGUCAGCCAGGGCCGGGAUGGAUACCCGGGGGCUGGGCCAGGUAAAGGGCUCCUGGGUCCGGAGACCAAGGCCAAAGCCAGGACUUAUCACUAUCUGCAGGUGCCGCAAGAUGACUGGGGGGGUUACCCCACUGGUGGCAAGGAUGGGGAGAUCCCCUGCCGCAGGAUGCGGAGCGGCAGCUACAUCAAAGCCAUGGGGGAUGAGGAGAGCGGAGACUCCGAUGGCAGCCCCAAGACAUCUCCCAAAGCAGUCGCCCGACGCUUCACCACCCGUCGCUCCUCCAGCGUGGACCAGGCCAGGAUCAACUGCUGUGUCCCACCCCGGAUCCACCCCCGGAGCUCCAUCCCUGGCUACAGCCGUUCCCUCACCACCGGACAGCUCAGCGAUGAGUUGAACCAGCAGCUGGAGGCCGUGUGCGGGUCCGUGUUUGGGGAGCUGGAGUCCCAGGCCGUGGACGCCCUGGACCUGCCCGGCUGUUUCCGCAUGCGGAGCCACAGCUACCUCCGGGCCAUCCAGGCUGGCUGCUCUCAAGAUGACGACUGCCUGCCCCUCCUCGCUGCCCCUGCUGCUGUCUCAGGGAGGCCCGGCUCCUCCUUCAACUUCAGAAAGGCCCCGCCCCCCAUCCCGCCGGGAAGCCAGGCCCCGCCCCGCAUCUCCAUCACCGCCCAGAGCAGCACCGACUCCGCGCAAGAGAGCUUCACCGCGGCCGAGGGCCCCGCCCGGCGCUGCAGCUCCGCCGACGGCCUGGACGGCCCCGCCAUGGGCGCGCGCACCCUGGAGUUGGCGCCGGUGCCGCCCCGGGCCAGCCCCAAGCCCCCCACACUCAUCAUCAAGACCAUCCCUGGCAGGGAGGAGCUGCGGAGCCUGGCGCGGCAGCGGAAGUGGCGGCCGUCCAUUGGGGUGCAGGUGGAGACGAUCUCAGACUCGGACACCGAGAACAGGAGCCGGAGGGAGUUCCACUCCAUCGGCGUGCAGGUGGAAGAGGACAAGAGGCGAGCAAGGUUCAAGCGCUCCAACAGCGUGACGGCUGGCGUGCAGGCAGACCUGGAGCUGGAGGGCCUGGCUGGCCUGGCCACGGUGGCCACAGAAGACAAGGCCCUGCAGUUUGGACGCUCCUUCCAGAGGCAUGCCUCUGAGCCCCAGCCUGGGCCCCGGGCCCCCACCUACUCAGUCUUCCGCACAGUCCACACGCAGGGCCAGUGGGCCUACCGUGAGGGCUACCCACUGCCGUAUGAGCCGCCGGCCACUGAUGGGUCACCUGGCCCUGCCCCUGCCCCCACCCCUGGCCCUGGGGCUGGCCGCCGUGACUCCUGGAUAGAGCGUGGUUCCCGUAGCCUCCCUGACUCAGGCCGUGCGUCCCCCUGCCCACGGGACGGCGAGUGGUUCAUCAAGAUGCUGCGGGCAGAAGUGGAGAAGCUGGAGCACUGGUGCCAGCAGAUGGAGCGUGAGGCGGAGGACUAUGAGCUACCCGAGGAGAUCCUGGAGAAGAUCCGCAGCGCUGUGGGCAGCACACAACUUCUCCUGUCCCAGAAGGUUCAGCAGUUCUUCCGGCUCUGUCAGCAAAGCAUGGAUCCCACUGCGUUCCCUGUGCCCACCUUCCAGGACCUGGCGGGUUUCUGGGACCUCCUACAGCUCUCCAUCGAGGAUGUGACCCUCAAGUUCCUGGAGCUACAGCAACUCAAGGCCAACAGCUGGAAGCUCCUGGAGCCUAAGGAGGAGAAGAAGGUCCCUCCGCCGAUACCAAAGAAGCCCCUGCGGGGCCGGGGCGUGCCGGUGAAGGAGCGCUCCCUGGACUCCGUGGACAGGCAGCGGCAGGAAGCGCGCAAGCGGCUCCUGGCGGCCAAGCGCGCCGCUUCCUUCCGCCACAGCUCGGCCACCGAGAGUGCCGACAGCAUCGAGAUCUACAUCCCCGAGGCCCAGACCAGGCUGUGACCGGUCCGGCCCGCCCAGCCCGGCCCGGGCCCGCGGUUCUCCACCCGUACUGUACACCCAGCGUCGAGGUCACUGUGAACGCGGGCCGCCCCGAGCGCCCGCCCCACCGGCACCGCACGCCCCGGCCCCCGGGCCCGUCACACUCUCGUGGGUUUUUUAGCUUCCUGACCCCACGCGAAGGCGCCCGGGCUGGGCAGGGGGCCGUGCCUCUCCGCCCUGCGCCCUUCACCUGGAUCCCCCGCCCACCUGGUCCGACGCUUUGUCCCCACCUCCUCCCCAUGGGCACCAUCUCUGCCAUUCUUUCCCCCCACGGGCCAGGCGGGGCCGGGUCCCCCAUCUGGGCUCUGCGUUCCCCCCCACCCCGCGGGGCUGGGCUUCGUGGGGAUCAAGCUUCGUGGCUUUUUAUGAAGAAUCCCGAACCCCGCCUAGGAGCCUGCCCCACCUCCCAGGGGCUCCAUCCUCAGCCCUCAGCCCACCGGGCCCAGGGACCACAGUGGCUGGACCAACCCAGGACCAGGGCGCCUGGGCCUCUCCCCUUUCCCAGCGGCUGGGGAGGGGAGAUGGGGGCUUCCCCUCACCACACCUGUGGCUGUUCCCACAUCCCCUUGAGUAUCCCAGGAAAAAUAAAACGGCAGAACUGCACUUGAGCCAGCUGCUCUCUCCAGAAGAGGCCACCUCCGUCCCGUGUGUGGGAGGACGGGGGUGAAGGAAGAAGGGCCCGGGAGCCCACUCUCUUGGUUUGGAGACAGCAGGGGUUGCCUGGGCUCCUCCCAGGGAUGGGCUAGCUGGUGGAAAGGAGAUUCGGCCCCUGGUGCCCACAGUAAGAACCUGAACCCUCCUGCAAGGGCCCAGGUGGGGUGAAGAGGGGGAGGAUGUCCAUCUUCCUGCUCUCCCUGUUUCAGUGUUUUCCAUUCUGCCUCCCAGUCCCCAGGGGUCCCCCAGAGAGGGAAGCCUGGAGCUCGCCCAGCACACUGCAUGUGCUCAAUAAACUGGGAGUGUGGUUAUUGUUAGGCAUUGACAAAUACAGGUUUCCCUUCCCCUAGGGGCACACUGUUCCUUCUGCUCCAGUCAUUCCUGAUCAGCAGAAAAACUUCAGGCCUGCCACAUUUUCUGAUGCCUCCUAUGGGUGGGCACCUUGGUGGGGGCUGCUGUGGGGGAGCAGGAAGUACAAAUAACCAAGCUCUCCUGGGAAGCCAAAUGGCAACCAGAACCUAGUGUCGAUGGCUUUAUUGAGUGGUCAGUGUGGGUCAGGCAAGGGGUGAGUGCUUUACAUGAAUGUGGCUGGUCCUUACAACAGAUGAGAAAGCCGAAGCUCAGGGCAGGUUACACGACCUGUCCGAGGUCAAAUGCCAAAUCAUGAGAUUUUAGCUCUGCAGCCUUCUUAGACCAGAGAGGGCUGUUGGCAGUCUCCACCCAGAAAGCCCCUUUCCACUCCUUGAGCAGUCCUUUGGGUUGGUGUAUCACCUCCAGGCAGGAGGAAAAGCCUUCAGUAUUGGCUGCCUUUCUGGGCCACACUGGAUCCGCUAAUUCUUCUCAUUCGUUUAUGUGGCACUCAUUUAUCGCUUUCAGGCACCACAGGGAUGGCCCUGAACAAGGUGUAGUUUCUACCCUGAAUGGAGCUUAUUAUGGUGGUAUGGGAAA